AUUCUCCAGCCAUCAUCUCUCUCCUGCCUGGACUGCACUAGGGCACAACAUUUGUUUCCACAAUGCCUGAAGUGGAGAGAAAGCCCAAGAUCUCAGCUUCACGCAAACUCCUUCUAAAGAGUUUGAUGCUGGCGAAAGCCAAGGAAGAAUGGGAACAAGAACAAGUUGACAAACAAGGAGAGAAGGAGAGGUAUUUGGCAGAGAGGAUAACACCUCUGCAUACCAGUGGGCUUUCGUUCUCCCAACUUCAGGAACUGUGCCGGGAGCUUCAUGAGAAAGUAGACAUUGUGGAUGAAGAGAGAUAUGACUUCGAAGCAAAGUGUAAUCAUAACACACGUGAGAUUAAAGACUUGAAAUUGAAGGUGCUUGACCUUCGGGGAAAAUUCAAGCGUCCUCCCUUGCGCCGUGUCCGUGUGUCUGCAGAUGCCAUGCUUAGAGCUCUGCUUGGCUCAAAGCACAAAGUAUCUAUGGACCUGAGAGCCAAUCUCAAGUCUGUCAAGAAGGAGGACACAGAAAAGGAACGUCCUGUAGAAGUGGGUGACUGGCGUAAGAAUGUGGAGGCCAUGUCAGGAAUGGAGGGCAGGAAGAAGAUGUUUGAUGCUGCCAAAUCACCAACAGGACAAUGA